UUCCGACGGCGAUUCAUUGUCGAGUCUCUGGUGGAAGCCGAGUGCGGCGUGUGUUGUCUUCACCUUUUGUCCGCGCUGGUGCCGAACUCUCACAAACAAGCUCUCAUCUCGGAAUGACGCGGGCGUGGGCUGUAGGACUUCUAAUCGGGCUGUUAGCCUUCGGUGCUGUGAAGGCCGACGAUGAAGUGGACGCGGACGGCACCGUGGACGAGGACCUGGGCAAAAGCCGGGACGGCUCCAAGACUGACGAUGAGAUCGUUCAGAGAGAGGAGGAAGCCAUCCAGCUGGAUGGACUGAACGCAGCCCAAAUUAAGGAACUCCGGGAAAAGUCUGAGAAGCACGCCUUUCAGGCCGAGGUCAAUCGCAUGAUGAAGCUGAUCAUCAACUCCUUGUACAAGAAUAAGGAAAUCUUCCUCAGGGAGCUGAUCUCCAACGCUUCCGACGCCCUGGAUAAGAUCCGCUUGUUGUCGCUCACAGACGACUCCGCGCUGGCCUCCAACGAAGAGCUGACCAUCAAAAUUAAAUCGGACAAGGAGAAGAACAUGCUCCACAUCACAGACACGGGCAUCGGCAUGACCAAAGAGGAGCUGGUGAAGAACCUGGGCACCAUCGCAAAGUCGGGCACGAGCGAGUUCCUCAACAAGAUGACGGAGAUGCAGUCAGAGGACCAGUCCACCUCGGAGCUGAUCGGCCAGUUCGGCGUGGGCUUCUACUCGGCCUUCCUAGUGGCCGACGAGGUCGUCGUCACCUCCAAGCACAACAACGGCACGCAGCACAUCUGGGAGUCGGAUUCCAACCGGUUCUCCGUCAUCGAGGACCCCCGCGGGGACACGCUGGGCCGCGGGACCACCAUCACGCUGGUGAUGAAAGAGGAGGCGUCGGACUACUUGGAGCUGGAGACCAUCAAGAACCUCGUCAGGAAGUACUCUCAGUUCAUCAACUUCCCCAUUUACGUCUGGGCCAGCAAGACCGAGACCGUGGAGGAGCCUGUUGACGAAGAUGCCGAGGCCACCGAGGAACCCCAGAAAGAAGCUUCUGAAGACGAGGCCGAAGUGGAGGAGGAGGAGGAGGAUGAGGACAAAGGCAAGCCCAAAACCAAAAAGGUUGAGAAGACGGUGUGGGAUUGGGAGCUGAUGAACGACAUCAAGCCCAUCUGGCAGAGACCAGCCAAGGAGGUUGAGGACGACGAGUACAACGCUUUCUACAAGACCUUCUCCAAGGACAACGACAACCCUCUGGCUCACAUCCACUUCACGGCCGAGGGCGAGGUCACCUUCAAGUCCAUCCUGUUCGUGCCCACCGCCGCCCCCCGCGGCCUCUUCGACGAGUACGGCUCCAAGAAGAACGACUACAUCAAGCUUUUUGUCAGGAGGGUUUUCAUCACUGACGACUUCAACGACAUGAUGCCCAAAUAUCUCAACUUUGUCAAGGGAGUGGUUGAUUCUGAUGACCUUCCUCUGAACGUGUCCCGAGAGACUCUCCAGCAGCACAAACUGCUCAAGGUGAUCCGUAAGAAGCUGGUGCGCAAAACUCUGGACAUGAUCAAGAAGAUCGCCGAGGAGGUGUACGACGACAAGUUCUGGAAGGAGUUCGGCACCAACAUCAAGCUGGGCGUCAUCGAGGACCACUCCAACCGCACCCGCCUGGCCAAGCUGCUGCGCUUCAACACGUCCAACAGCGACACGGUGCUGGCCAGCCUGGAGCAGUACGUGGAGCGCAUGAAGGACAAGCAGGACAAGAUCUACUUCAUGGCCGGCACCAACAGGAAGGAGGCCGAGGCGUCGCCCUUCGUGGAGCGGCUGCUGAAGAAGGGCUACGAGGUGAUCUACUUGACGGAGCCCGUGGACGAGUACUGCAUCCAGGCGCUGCCCGAGUUCGACGGCAAGCGCUUCCAGAACGUGGCCAAGGAGGGCGUCAAGUUCGACGAGAGCGACAAGGCCAAGGAGAAGCGCGAGGCGCAGGAGAAGGAGUACGAGCCGCUCGCCACCUGGCUCAAGGACAAGGCGCUCAAGGACAAGAUUGAGAAGGCGGUCCUGUCUCAGAGACUGACAAACUCUCCGUGCGCGCUGGUGGCCAGUCAGUACGGCUGGUCGGGCAACAUGGAGAGGAUCAUGAAGGCGCAGGCGUACCAGACGGGAAAAGAUAUUUCCACAAAUUACUACGCCAGCCAGAAGAAAACGUUAGAAAUCAACCCCAAGCAUCCCCUCAUCAAGCAGAUGCUCAAGCGGGUCAACGACGACGCGGACGACCAGACGGCGGCCGACCUGGCCACCGUCCUCUUCGAGACGGCCACCCUGCGCUCGGGCUACCAGCUGGCCGACACCAAGGCGUACGGCGACAGGAUAGAACGCAUGCUGAGACUCAGCAUGAACAUACCGCUGGAGGAGCAGGUGGAAGAGGAGCCUGAGGAAGAACCCGAAGAGCCAGCCGAUACGGAGGACGCCGACGAUACCGAGGAAGCUGGAGAUGAGGAGGAGGUCGUGGAUGAUGAGGAUGACGAUGAAGAAAAAGAAGCGGCAAAAACGUCCCCCAAAAUCGAGCUAUGCUCGGACCAAAGAGGCGUUUUCACGAGCAAAAAGCGCAUCUUUGACAUCCAAGCCGGCCUUUUUUCUUUUUUUAUUCUCUCCCCCCAUCCUUUGUUUCUUCACCUCCUUCUCCUUCUGGGCCCCUCGUCACGCAAGCCGCAGGCAGGAAUGAGUAUAGAAAUCCCCGCGGGCCUGACGGAGCUUUUGCAGCGCUUUACCGUGGAAGUGCUGAGGAACCAGCCGGGGGACCUGCUCGACUUCGCCCUGCAGUACUUCACCCGCCUCAACGAGCGCCGCGAUGGGGACGAGGACGACGGGGAGCCGCCGCCGCCGCCGCCGCACGGACAGCCGAGAGGCGGCGGCACCGGCAAGGCGGUCAAUUUCCUCGACGAGGCCAUGCACAUCGACUCCGAGAACGGGGAAGAAGACGACGACGAAGACGAUGAAGAUUUUCAAGCGCCGAUUAUCAACCGAUUCAUCAGAAGAGCGUCAGUGUGUGCCGAAGCCUUCAAUCCGGAUGAAGAUGACGAGGAUAAAGAGCCCCGGGUCGCCCACCCCAAAACAGACGAGCAGCGACAAAGAUUACAGGAAGCGUGUCGGGACAUUCUUCUUUUCAAGAAUUUGGAUCCUGAAGAGAUGUCACAAGUGUUGGACGCCAUGUUUGAGAAGUUCUGCUCCGAAGGGGAACACGUCAUCGACCAGGAUGACGACGGGGACAACUUUUAUGUGAUUGAAAGGGGGACCUUCAACAUUUUCGUCAAAGCGGACAGUGCCGAGAAGCUGGUGGGUCGCUACGACAACCGUGGCAGCUUCGGAGAACUGGCGCUGAUGUACAACACGCCCAGGGCGGCCACCAUCGUCGCCACCUUGCCUGGGGCGCUCUGGUGCCUCGAUCGUCUGACGUUCCGGAGGAUCAUCGUGAAGAACAACGCCAAGAAGAGGAAGCUGUACGAGGCCUUCAUCGAAACCCUGCCGCUGCUCACGUCGCUGGAGCUUUCCGAGAGGAUGAAGGUGGUGGAUGUGAUAUCGACUAAAGUGUACUGUGACUCGCAGCAGAUUAUUGCACAGGGGGAGUUGGCAGAUUGUUUCUACAUUGUGGAGUCCGGCCAAGUUCGGAUCACCAUCAAGAGAAGCAGGACGAAAAAGGAGCAGGACGACGAGGAAGUGGAAAUCGCCAGGUGCGCCCGGGGCCAGUAUUUCGGGGAGUUGGCGCUGGUCACGAACAAGCCCAGAGCUGCUUCCGCCUACGCCGUGGGGAGCGUCAAAUGCUUGGUGAUGGACGUCAACGCCUUCGAGCGACUUCUGGGGCCGUGCAUGGACAUCAUGAAAAGGAACAUUGCCAACUAUGAGGAGCAGCUACUCACGCUGUUUGGAGGCAGCGCCGAGAUGGAGAAGCAGUGCGCGUGAAAGCCCCAGCUCGGACGCACGGCGCCCCCCCCCCCCCCCCGACUGUAAAAAAAAAAAAAAAAAAAAAGAAAGAAAAGGAAACAAAGAAUAGCUUUUCUUGCAAGACGAUCGUGACGAGACUUUGGUGUUUUGCAGUAAAGUAACGUAUGCCAAAGCAGAGUUGCUUGAAGCUCCUUUUUCCAUUCAGUCGCCCUUUAUGUGUACAUUUGACCUCUGUCGGUGAGCCGUUCGUUUGACUACUGAAAGCGCUAAAAAGAAAAACAGUUUUUGGCUGGGACGGAAUGUAGAUUUGCUGGUACCUCAACAUUUUUACAGAGUACUUCUGUGUUAAAUGUGCGGGCCUGGUGGCCUUCUACUAUUCUUUUGCAAAAAACAAACAAACAAACAAACAAAAAAAAACCUGAUGGCUAGCGGAUAGUUUUUUAAGACUUACCAACACAGUGUUGUACAAUUUAAUAGUAAGUACAUUUAAUUGGUUAAGUUGCCCCACUAUAGUUAUCAUGUGCGGCGAUGUUUAAUUCGUGUGAAAUAUAAGUAAUACUCUUUUGUGUGUGUGUGUGCGCGUGUGUGUGUGUCAGUGAAGCAUAUUUUAUAAUUAUGCUUAUGUCUACCUCGACCAACAACUAAAAUGGUUUAGGGAUCAUUUUCAACAUGAGAGCCAAUCAAUUCAAAGUGAAAGCCGGAAGUCUUCUGGAUGUUGUCAGCUCAAAAUCAAACAAAGCAAA